ACAAAAGCUAGGGUUCUAAACGGUCUUCUUCACUCGUGCGUCUGCCGGAGCUCUCAUACUGCAGGCACAAUGGUGAAGGGCCGCCAGGGGGAACGCGUCAGAUUGUAUGUUCGGGGAACAGUUCUUGGGUAUAAAAGGUCUAAGUCAAAUCAGUAUCCGAACACGUCGUUGAUUCAGAUAGAGGGAGUGAACACGACUGAGGAAGUGGCUUGGUACCUCGGGAAGCGCUUGGCGUACAUUUACAAGGCCAAGGUUAAGAAGGAUGGCUCGCACUACCGAUGCAUUUGGGGCAAAGUUACGCGUCCCCAUGGCAACAGCGGGGUCGUCCGUGCCAAGUUUAAGUCCAAUCUUCCCCCCAAAUCCAUGGGAGCUAGAGUAAGGGUGUUCAUGUACCCAAGCAACAUUUGAGCAUUCAUGCAGCUGGGAAAGCACGAUACACCGACUCAUCUUCUUUUCAUAACCAGUAACUGAGUAGCCAUUUCAGUGUUUUGUCUAUCGACAAGCUGCCUUGCUGUAAAGAUGCUUAGGUAGAGAACUGCCACCCUGUUGUUCUAACCUGGCAUUCUUGCAGCCAGGAACUUCAAGUUAACAAUAUGUUAGUCAAUUAUACGAACGAUCCGCAUGGUUGGAAUGUAUUUGUUUAUAACAAACUACAAUUGAGCAUAGACCUUGAGUUUCAAAGCCGUAAUU